AUGGCCGAUCAGCCUUACGACCCGUACAUUCCCAGCGGCAACGCCGGUGCUGGCAACCCUCAGGGCCAGCCAGGCAACCAGCGGACUGCGGCUAUUCAGCAGCAAAUUGAUGACACCGUCGGUAUUAUGCGCGAGAACAUCAACAAGGUCGCGGACCGCGGCGCCAGACUCGACAGUCUCCAGGACAAGACCGAUAACUUGGCUGUCUCUGCCCAGGGAUUCCGUCGCGGCGCCAACAGGGUCCGAAAGCAGAUGUGGUGGAAGGACAUGAAGAUGCGCAUGUGGAUAGCCGUUGGUAUCAUCAUCCUGCUGGUGAUCAUCAUCGUUCCGGUGGUUUUACACACGUAA